GACUUCCACAUCUUUGCUUCCCUCUUUCUCAGCUGCUGCUGCUAUGGAGGUCGCUACCAUGGCUUCUCAUUCGUUCCCGCUCGCAAGAUUGAAGCUAUCGCAAACGUGCUCUUCACGCGCUCCAACUUCUUCUUCCUCUUGUCUUACUAAACCCUCUCUUCCAUCUACUCCCUUUCUCUCCUCUUCCUCUAUGGGCGGCUCCGUCUCCGCCGCCUUCUCCGGCCUUAAAAUCCGUCCCGCUUCUCUCAACCCUUAUUCACCCUCCUACUCUCGCGGGGGCAAACGUGGCGUCGUGACCAUGGUCAUUCCAUUUUCAAGGGGAAGUGCAUGGGAGCAACCUCCACCAGAUUUAGCAUCUUACUUGUAUAAGAAUCGUAUUGUCUACUUGGGCAUGUCAUUGGUUCCAUCUGUCACUGAACUUAUAUUAGCAGAAUUUCUUUACCUUCAGUAUGAAGAUGAGCAAAAGCCAAUUUAUCUUUACAUAAACUCAACGGGGACAACCAAGGAUGGAGAGAAGUUGGGAUAUGAAACAGAGGCUUUUGCAAUUUAUGAUGUCAUGGGGUAUGUGAAGCCACCAAUUUUCACACUCUGUGUUGGCAAUGCUUGGGGAGAAGCUGCAUUGCUCUUGGCUGCUGGUGCAAAGGGAAAUCGUUCUGCCUUGCCCUCAUCAACUAUAAUGAUAAAGCAGCCAAUUGGUAGAUUUCAAGGUCAAGCAACAGAUGUUGACCUUAUGAGGAAAGAAGUAAAGAACGUGAAGGCAGAGCUGGUCAAACUAUAUUCAAAGCACACAGGAAAAUCGCUUGAGCAGAUUGAAGCUGACAUAAGGCGGCCGAAGUACUUCAGUCCAAGUGAGGCUGUUGAAUAUGGAAUUAUUGAUAAGGUUCUUUACAAUGAAAGGGGCAGCGAAGAUAGAGGAGUUGUAUCUGACUUGAGGAAGGCACAACUUAUUUGAAGCCAUUGUAAAAAGGAUUGGUGAAACAGUUGGUAGCUUCAAGUUGCCUUCAGGGUGUAAAUUUUCUAGUGAAGAAUAUAUGAAAAUUUCAUACACGAAUAGCACACCUGUUCUGCAGUGACAGUUACUUCUGGCAUUCACCUUUUUCCGGCAAUUCAUGAACAAGGCUAUUUCUCUGGGUGAACUCCUUUGUCAUGCUUAUACUUAGUUUUGCUGUAUCAUUAAUGUGGUUCUGCUUUCCUGUUGCUUGUGAUUCGGUUAGCCGAUCACUUGGUUACAAAGGAUUUUACUGCUCGGUUUCAAAAAAUUAUUGUCAACAUUCCUUUAGAUGUUUGUCUGGAGUUCAGAGAAUUUGUGUACUUCAGUACUUCACUUGAGCAUUCCAGUGUGUCCUUGUAGAGCUUUAAAAGUUAAGGUUUUAAUGUUACAAUUAUCUUAUUGAUGAUGCAAAAAGUACUUCAUGUCAUCAUAUCAACACUGAGGGUCUGUAAUUAUAGACGCAAGAAAGCAUGCUGUUUUGGCACUUUCAGUAGUGUCACUCUCUUCUGAGCUUAUUCACUCCGCUUCUCCA